AUGUUAAAGUCUAUUGCGGUUGGUUUGAAAGACCCCAUGCUAAGGGCCGAUCUAUUCUAUGGUCAUCGUAUCAAUAAACCAUGGACAACGUUAGCCCCGGAUGAGUUACUCAAUGACUAUGAGGCUGAGUCAUUGAGAUCGCUGUUCAAGCAGGAGAGAGCUGAUGCAAAGCUUCGCUAUGAUGAGUAUUGCGAAUUUUGGCAGAUGAGUCGUGAUUUGCAGCAGUCAGCCCUCAGCAAGAAACUGGCUGGUAAGAAGUCUGAUCCUCAACCAUAUCCGGUGGGCUCUAAAGUGUUACGGAAGUACGUAGUCCGAGCUUAA